CACCAAGCAAACGGAUGCGCGAAUAGAGUGAAAUCGCAAACAUGAUAAAGUGAUGUGCUCUCUUGCUCACUCGCCAGUUCCUAUCUGCACACUUUUUUUUUUACCUUAGGUCCAUGGUUUUAUCCUUAAUUCUAACAUACAAUUUAGAUAAACACAAUCUUUAAGCGCGACUUGUUUAAUUAAUAAAUCGUUAGUUUAACAAAUCAUUCGUUCACAAACAGCCAUAUUGAUUGCGUUCUUCCUAUCCUGAUCAGCACAUCGACAUAUCAACAGUACGAAGUACAUAUCCUAUCAAGCGUUAUGACGAGGGAAAGCGAAAUAUGUAUUAAGAAAAGAGGAGAUUGUGUCUUUGUGGAAAAAGAACACACUUAUACAGGAUAUCCUAAGAAAAUGAAAUAUUCACGAACAAUGAUAUGGAGAUGUAUACAACUCCUAGGUAAAUAUGCAAGGUAUCAGGAGGAUAUUAGUUUUCUGUAUAUUAACAACAAUAUUACCAAUCAUACUUCUUAUAACACCAUUGUAUCUACGUCAUAAUUUCUAUGCUAAUGUUGCAUACACUGUGACCGAAUCUGAUAUCCUGGAAAUCACUGAUGGAGUCUCCACAAUAUUUUGUUCUGAACACACUAUAGAGAUGAAUAGAACCUUUAAUGCAUUUCAAGUGUCACAGAAUCCAGAAAUUACUUCAUAUAAAAAACACAUACGUCUUAAAAAGAGUAUGUCAAUACCAGAUGACACUCUAGAAUAUUGGGGAUUUUAUCUCUUAAAAGGAGCAAGUGUAGCACUGUCUGUAUGCUCAAGAUUCGAAGGAGCUUCAAUACUACUUGUUAAAGAUGAACGUAAUCUACGAACAUGUGGUAUGUUGGAGCAUAAUUAUGGAGAUCAAAUUGUGAAGAAUAUAUUUUUACCAGAUGCACAACAACAAGUCAAAGUGGUGUUUACAUCAAAUACUGAAGAAGAUACUUUUCAGACAGAUUUAACUAAAGUUAAUGGUUUGCUAACAAGUGCAAAAAAUAAAUUUUCACGGAAUGUCACUUUGAAAACCACCAAUGAAGAUUCUAACAAAUUUCACGAGUAUGUAAAAAAUAAUACAUUUCCUGACAAAAACAUUCGUAAAGAAAAAUUGAUUCAAGGUGAGAAUACUGUAUAUAGUACAAGAAAACUGAGACAUGCAAAAAAGAGACAAUAUUCCAAACUAAUGAGAGGAGAAAAGAAAAAUAUACUACAAGACAGCAAUAUAAAACACAAUUUAGAAUACAGUUCAAAUAAUACUAAAAAGAAAAUAGAAAUAGAAACUACAAUGUUAACUAAAAAGGUCAAGAGGAGUCAAGACCUUGUUAAACCAACAUUUUUACUUGAUGAAGGCAUUAAACACGGUGGAAAUGCUGUUAUGAAUGCAACAAAUGCUGAUGAUAUUUCUUCGGUAUCUAGCUUUGAAAAUGGAUUAUUCAAAUGUUAUGGUGGUUCAAUUUUAAUAGCCCAAGAAUUCGCACCAUCCAAACAUUGUACUAAUGUCACUUAUUUGCUUAGUGGAAAACAUAUGCAAGCAACCCAGAACAUUGUAGAAAGUGGUUACUAUUAUUACAUUUUUUACAGUGAUAAUGAUAUUGUUUCAAAUGAUAUACACGCGGUUUUUGAUAUUUAUAAACCUCUUCUUCAGUAUGAAAAUGUAACAAAUUCUUGUAUAAAUCAAACCAAAUGCUCCUUUCCAGUUAAUCUACUCUCACUGGACAAAGUGAUAGUCGAAAUACCAACAAAAGAUGGUGUUGAAUAUGAAAUAUAUAAUAAUAGCUUACUUCUUUCUGUCUGUCAUCCACGAAUGGAAGUUUACAUUAUUUUUCCUAUUGCAGUAUUAUUCUUAAUUCUAACGCGUGCAUUUAUGUAAUACUCACGUUUUCUUUUUUAUAAAUACAACAUACAUUGAUCACA